AUGGCUCCUCCAGCAGCAGAGUCACCGUCGCCAAUUGGCAUUGCCAAUCUCCCCAACCAGCGACACAAGAUUGUCGCAAAGAGAGGAGCCGCCUUCACCAUCAUGGUCGCUGGCGAAUCGGGCCUGGGCAAGACUACCUUCAUCAAUACCCUCUUUUCCACAACCAUCAAGAACUACCAAGACCACAAGAGACGACAUGCAAAGCAGGUUGACAAGACGGUCGAGAUCGAAAUCACCAAAGCUGAAUUGGAAGAGAAAUUUUUCAAAGUCCGUCUCACAGUCAUCGAUACCCCCGGCUUCGGCGACUAUGUCAACAACCGCGACUCAUGGAUGCCCAUCAUCGAAUUCCUUGACGACCAGCACGAAUCAUACAUGUUGCAAGAACAGCAACCCAAGCGAAAUGACAAGAUUGAUCUUCGUGUUCAUGCCUGCCUCUACUUCAUCCGUCCUACCGGCCACACCUUGAAGCCUCUUGACAUUGAGGUCAUGAAGCGGUUGUGCACACGUGUCAACCUGAUCCCAGUUGUUGCCAAGGCUGAUACCCUGUCCCCUGCUGAUCUGGCUCGAUUCAAGCACCGCAUUCGAAAUGUCAUCGAAGCUCAGGGCAUCAAGAUCUACCAGCCACCUAUCGAGGACGACGAUGAGGCGGCUGCACAACACGCCCGCGCGCUUAUGGCAGCCAUGCCAUUUGCCGUGAUUGGCAGUGAAAAGGAUGUCAAGACCUCGGACGGCCGCAUCGUCAAGGGCAGACAAUAUGCUUGGGGUGUCGCGGAGGUGGAGAAUGAGGAACACUGCGACUUCAAGAAGCUGCGAUCCAUCCUCAUCCGCACUCACAUGCUCGAUCUCAUCCACACCACCGAGGAGAAUCACUACGAAGCCUACCGUGCUCAGCAGAUGGAGACGAGAAAAUUCGGUGAGGCCAGACCAAGAAAAUUGGACAAUCCCAAGUUCAAGGAAGAGGAAGAGGCUCUCCGAAAGAGGUUCACUGAGCAGGUCAAGGUGGAGGAGCAGCGCUUUAGAGCCUGGGAGCAGAAGUUGAUUGGCGAAAGAGAUCGUCUCAACAAAGAUCUAGAGGCUACUCAUGCUGCCAUCAAGCAACUCGAGCAAGAACUGGAGCAAAUGCAAGGCAGCGCGGUGAGGAGCCAUGGUCGCCGCUAG